AGCUGCUGUCAGUUACUGAACUUACUGUUAGUUUAAUAUCCAGCCAAGGUCGUCAAUGGUUUAGCCUGUAUGUAAAUCAAUAACAUAUACCUCUCCAUUGUCUGUAACACUUGUCUUCUCCAUCUCGUGAAGAACUUUGAGUACAAAUUUGUGGAUCAUCAACUUCCAGAAAAUGGCCACAAGCAUACAGCCCCUGAGGAAUGAUAAGGAGAUAGACCAACAGUGGCUUGAGACGAUGCUCACACAGAAGUUUGGAAACACAGUUGAAGUUCAUUCUUGGGCAUCAACUUUACCUAAUAGGCGUGAGGGGUUCUUGAGUGAAAUUGCCUUUGUGAAGGUAAAAUAUACAGUUGAAGGCAGUGAAGCAGUAGAAACUCAACUGGUGUUUAAGUUUCUGCCUCAGGAGGCUGACCUGAGAAGUUUUUUAUCAAAUGGAGGUUUAGCAAAACGUGAAGUUGAGUUUUACCAGUUUGCCAAUAGUCCACAUUUUCAGGAUAUAUGUAAAAAAAAUGGGAUAGUUCUUCCUAUUCCUGAACUUUAUUAUGCUGGUUACACAGAGGAUGCCAUAACUAUUGUUUUGAGUGAUCUGAACGUGGACAAAUAUAAGUGUGUGAUUGUGAAAGAUGGCAGCAACUUUGCACAAACCAAGACUGCACUCCAGGCUGUUGCAGUGAUUCAUGCUGCAGGAGUCAUCUACAUACACCAGCACGGCCAAGAUAGCUCACUAUCAACUUUGGCAGCUGAGUUUAACACUGAAUUUUAUGAUCAGUUCUUCUUACCCAAUUUGAACACUCUAGCUGAAAAGUACGAUGGAUCUUCUAUGGGCGACAGCUUCAGGGCCUUUAUUCCGUUAACUAAACAGAUCCGCUCCACCUCUCGGAAAUUUCCUCUAAUAAACACAAUCGUUCACGGAGACAUGUGGGCCGGCCAACUCUUAUACUCCGACGAUGAAAGUUUAGCCAGCAUAAUUGAUUGGCAGUUUUGUCGCAUUGACAAUCCAGUUAUUGACAUCAUGUCUAUGCUUUAUAUGAGCAGUGAUCCUAAACUUCUAUCAGAGAACCUGGAACAACUCCUAGAAAGUUACUGGCAAACUUUCUCUAAGGUUGUUACAGCUGGUGGAGUGACUCCUGAUGUAACCUUUGAACAGUUGCUGGCCAAUGUGGAGAACAUGUGGAUGUAUGGCUUUAUGUUCCUGGCAGUCAGCAUCCAUGACUUCCUCAAUGGUGACAACAUCUCAGAAUACAGAUUAUUUGGAGCCAUGAGCUUUUUAGAAAAGAAUGGCUUUUUCAAAAGAUUUCUGGAAAAAUAUGCAAGUCAAGAAAAUAUUUAAUAAUACUUUACUGUAUACUGUAGUGUACUGUAUAGUGAAAACUUACAUUUUUAUAACAUUACUUAGUGUGAAAAUCAUGAAGGUAGUUUAAUAAAUGGACUGCAAAAUUGUGAUGGGUUUCUGAGGAGAAUGAAUAUAAGUAAACAUGUCAGAACCAGGCAAUUGUUAGUCAAAAUAUAUUGUUCCUGUAUUUUUAAAAGGUAUGACUUAAUAAAUAAACAAUUUGCAUACACACUACAGUACUACAGCUAAAUAUUUUCUUAAUGGUGGAUAUUUUAUACACUUGAUUAAAUAAGUACAAUACAGUAUAGUACUGUACCAUUUCUUUUAUUCAUUUGAUUUGUAUUUUUACUCAUGAGUACACAGUACAGUACAGUGUAAUGAUGGUUGAGUGUAUGUCAUGACAUAUACUGUGCUUUACUGUGGAAAGAUUUUGAUGAAACAUUACCCCAAAAAAUUUAUAAUACAAGAUGAAGUCCUAAUGUGCUAGAUGAGUACUGUACAAUAUUCAUCUAUUAUACUGUAAUGCAAGAUGAAGUCCUAAUGUGCUAGAUGAGAACUGUACAAUAUUCAUCUAUUAUAAUGCAAGAUGAAGUCCUAAUGUGCUAGAUGAGAACUGUACAAUAUUCAUCUUGACUUUACUGGAUGGUCAUAGUGGAUUUCCAUAAACUUAUAUAACCGGUAUUUAUUAGGUGGAGAUUUGUUAAAGUAACAGAAUACUUUUGUCAUUAUUAAUGUAAAUAUGGAUCCCAUAGGACAUGACCCAUUGGAGGCAGUGUGGGUGUAACAUACCGAAUAUUAAGUCUUCAGUACACAAGGAGGCAGUGUGUCUUGCACUGCACUUGACUGACUUCACUUUUGCAGUUGUAAAAUUAGGUAUCAAUGCACAGCUUAAAUGGAAGCAGGCACAACCCACCAACUUCAGGACAGAAGGUGAACAUUGUCCCCAUUCAGUUGUUACACCCUAUAUAUUACCUAUAAUUAUUGCUUGAUAUGUGAAGCCCAAGUGGCUAACAAGCUGAUCAGUGGCAAAAGGGAUAAAGUAAGUACUGGUUUAGCAAAAUUAGUUUUCUGUGCUUAAUGGCUUCAUUACAGUAUUAGCAACCACCCUUAACUUUUCCCUGUACCAUCUGCCUCAAAUAAGGGGGACAUGACACUUUUUGUUCCAAAGAGCUGAAGAUCAGUUUAAAACUAUGACCAUCCAACCAAGUUCUCAGUUGCCAAGGCCAUCUGUGAAUCAGAGUGUGUGCCUCUCAUCAAGCCACAAAGAAUCGGAGUAAACCACUCAAUCUGUAGUUCUUGGUGGCCAGUUCAUUUGAAAUCAAUCACCUGAAAGUGCAAUGGAACUUCAGAGUAACAGUCAGUAAAAAUUUUCAGUGGAUUAGCAAUGUCUUAUGUAUAAUUUUUGUUUAUUGUUAAUUUAUGUAAUUGUCAGGGGAAGGGAGCAAGUGGCUUGUUUCAUCAUUCUAUUAUUCCCGGUGAGUUUGUUCUACAUGGGUCCAAUGUUAGUACAGUAUAUAUACAGUAUAGUACUGUAUUGUAUUGUAUUGAGGUAAAACAGUAUUACUGAUUACGUACAUAGUCACUGUGUUUUAAGAAUGUUGAGUCUCACUUGUAGUGGCUGUGUAUGUAGAAAAGAAUUCCAUGCACAGUUAAUGUAAAUAAAAUAGUUUCCUACAGAUUUUUAUACCUUACAUUAUUGUUGUUUAUUUGUAUUAUUUUUAAAAAGAAUUAGAUGAGUAUGUGUCUGAGCUUGUGAUGCUGAAGAAAACAAUACUUAGCACACCUGGAGGCACCCAAGUUUGAAGUCCAAGUUGUUUUACCAUUCCAGCUUAUAUUUCUAAAAUGUAAUCAGACACAAUCCUGUCUAUUUCAUCCUCUUGAAGUAUUCAUCACUCCAUAUAACCAAACAACUGUAAUUGUAAACUUGUAUAAUGCUUUUACUGAAUAUAUAUCUGUAUAUUGCAAGAUGUACCCAUAGUUUUGUUUGAGAUUAAAUAUUGUCUUUUAAAA